UUGGUAUUUUGGCUGGGUGCGAAAGGGUAAAAAUCUGCUGUGACGAAAAGUCCCACCAAAACAAGAAGAUUAUCUAACGUAAAUUAAUUAUCUCGAAACUUGUAUUUAGUAUAAAAUUUAAAUGAAUACAAUACAUGGCCAAAAUACUUCUGUUAUCGGACUGAAUAACAUUAACUUGAGACUAAACCCAUUUUCAAAUGCAAGUUUCAACAUGUCGCCUAGGAACAAAUCGAACAGAUGACUGUGAUAUAAACUUUACCUACCUCCAAUGAUGAAGAAGACUCCAAGGGCAGGUCACUCUAACCUCCCUGUCCCUAAGUCCUCCAAGGGUUCUCCUAAUAAUGCAAAAUCCACAUUGAGUAAAGGAGGACCUCACACACGUUCGGCUGAGGACAUUCCACGUAGGGUACAACUAAGUGUUGCAGGAGGACCUCCAUCCCCACAGAGAAGAGCAGUUUCCCCUGGUACACCACAGAGAAGAAGUCUCCUUCCUUCUCCAGUAACAGUUCAAGGACAGAAUGGACAACAGUCUGGUGUGCGAUAUAUUACAGAAGAUCUUAUACGUAAGGUCUGUAAGGAGGACAGUCUGGAAAUGGUCACCACAGUUAACUUGACCUUGACCAAGGCAGAGGCUGGCAAGAAAAUUAAGUAUAUAGAGAACCUGGAUCGUUUAAAGCGAGUACAAGUUCUAAUUCUCAGUAACAACAUUAUAGAGAGAAUAGAGAAGCUUGAUAAACUGUUAAAACUGAAGGAACUUGACCUCUCUAAUAACUGUAUCGUCAAGAUUGAAGGCCUGGAAAACUUAACAAAUCUACAGAUCUUAAAUUUGUCAGGAAAUAUUAUUGAACAUAUACCUAUAUGGAUGGGGAAGAGAUUGAAGUCACUUCGGGCAUUUCAUAUUGGCAGAAAUAGGCUGGAAUCGCUGAGUGAGUUAGCUAAACUGAAGCCACUACCAGAUCUUACACAGCUGACUGUUGCUGAGAACCCACUGGCUGAGUUCAAUCACUGUCGGCCAUAUUUGGUGUUCCAUUUACGAACUCUAGAGGUAAUUGAUGGACAAGCAGUAACUGACAGAGAAAGGUCAGCAGCUAAAGAUAGAUUUGAACAAGAUGAGGUAGAACGACUAGAGAAACAGUUGGAAGGUGAGGAAGCCAAAAAUCGUCGCCUGGAGGAGGAGCAUAAUAGAUCUAAACAAGAACGUAGUCACAUGUCAGCCACGGAAGAUGAUCUUAGAAAAAGGGAGAAAAAUUACAGCUCACGUAUUGAAGAGUUAGAGAGAGAACUGGAAACAAAAAAUGAUUUGUUGAAAAAGAAGACAUCGGAGUUAAACAAAGCUUGUGAGAAACAUUACCAACUAGAACAAGAUCUUGCUUUCCAUAAGAUUGACAGUAAAUUUGACAGUUUAGGCCGGGGACCAGAACAGUCAUAUGAUGAUACGGGGGAUGAUAGUGGUCUUCUAGGAGAAAGUCCAUAUAUAGGGAAAGCUAGGUACAAGGCUAACAGAUUAGCCGGUGAGUCAGAUAUACCCGGUGCAUCACCAAACAGGGUACAGAUCCACUCGGUACCUGGUCCGGUACGAGCAGACGUCAAGAUGGAGAUUAGUACUAAACUUGAUCAUGAGAUUGCUGUUAAACAAGAUAAAGUUAGCAAAGCAAGUUCAGGUGUAAAAGAAGCUGAGGACAGAUUAAAGAGAUUGACAGACGAGUUAGCUGUAACAGAGAACAAGUUGAAGGAUGCCACAAAAGACUUAAAGAACAUUGGUGACUCAGCCCUCACUGAGAAAGAAGAACAAAAACAAAAUAUACGACAAAAAAUGACACGUAAAAUGAGACAUGUGAAUGAAAUGAAGGACAGUGCGACACAGAUUGAGGAAGAGCUGGAGAAAACCAAGAAUUCCAUGCACAAACACAAGAUGGAGCUGGCUAGGAUGAAAGAUCAGAUAAGCCGCAUGGACAACAAAGAUCCAAACUAUCGACGUAUAUAUGCUGACAUGGUUGAUAAAGAGCAACAGAUUAAUGAGAGUAACCAGAUGUAUGGACAGUUACAGGAACAGCUAGAGUUGAUGUUAGAUACCGUGGCCAGGGAAACUAAUGAUAUAAAAAAAUUAGAACAGCAACUUAAUGAUGAUACAUUAGAAACAAAUGAGUCACUGAGGGAGGAACUUGAUGAGAUUGUUGGAGGUUUACAGACAUACCUGGCCCAGGUACAGACAAAGGCUGCCAAGAAGGAGAAAGAUUUUGAUCUGUUACUGAGAGAGAAGGAGGAUAUUGCCGACAGGUGUAGAAAGCUGGAGAAUGAACUUAGUGUGGUUGAUCAGGAGGCAAAUAGUUUAAGAGAUUUUGAGCGAAAAUACAUGGAACUAGAGCAUUCAAUGAGACAUCAGGAGGACAAAAAUAGAGAACUGGAGGACACCAUUCACCGAACUCAACGGCAAGACCUGAACACUCAGGACAAACUUGAAAACCGAGAGCUCGAAAAUGCUUCACUGAAAAAAGCACUGAAAGAUAUGGAAUUAAAAGCUAAGGAUGGAGAAUUUAUAUCAAAGAACAUCUCCAAAAACCAGCAUUCCACGCCCGUAACUUCCCCAAACGGAGAUAUUGUACAGAAGAAGACGAUUAGCAUUUCUGAAACUAUCCCUGGAAUUAUUCCUCAUAAUAAAGUUGCUGAAAUGUUCCCUCAAUUAAAAAAUGAGGAAGCCAUGCGUAAAAGACUUGAGCAAGAGAAACAAACCCUGGAGAAGCAACUACAAACAGAGAAAGCUAAGGCUAUAGAAGGUGAUAGAAAAUCAAAGGAAGCCCAGAGAAAGGAUGAUGAAAUCAGGAAGCUGAUGUCACAGUUAGAAACCUCCAAGGCUCAGAAUGUUGCAUUAAAAGACAGGGUGGAGCAAGAACAACAGACUUUACAGACCAAAGUAGCAGAAAGUACAUCAAAUGCUGACCUGAGACGUAGAUUAAAAGACCUGUCUCAAUGCUUGAAACAAAAUAAGGUAACCAUUGAGCCAGAAGGAGACCGUGAUUUCGUCGGGAAAACUUUCAAGGAUAUUCAGGGAUUUGUUCAAGACCGUGUCAACAAGAGUACACAGGAUUUGGACACGACUAGAACCAGACUAGAUAAAAGUGAUCAUGAUAACCAGUCUCUACGAGAGCAGAUGAAACGUCUGCAGGAUAAAUUAAAUAAACGAGAUGAAAAAGUGAAAAAUGACAAAAAUAAGGCAAGAGAAGAGAAGAAAGCUGAUGUCGAGGAGAUCAAGAGAUUAAAUGAUGAAAAUAACAGACUGAAAAAUGCUCUCAAAGAGGCUAAAAAUCGCACCAAACAGGGUAAAGGUUCAACAAAGAUGGUACAUGAUCAGGAAACAGAGUCUGUAUUCAGUCGUCGCAGUUCACUGAACUCAGAGGAGAAACACCUGUUUGAUGAAUUACAGAAUGAACUGAUGUCUCUGAAGAGAAUUAUGAGAAGUAAAGAGGAUGAUGCCAACAAAAAGAUAAAAGAUUUGAGAAAAAUUGGGUUGCUUGAUGCUGAGGCAGAGGCAGCCAUGUUGGAACAGAAUUUACAAGACAAGGAAGAAAGUUAUCAGAAUGAGAUUGAGCGACUCAGAGAACAUAUGGAAAUGCAGCGGGAGAGACAGGAAGCAAGGAUGCAGGUUAUAGCAGCUGAUCUUGACCAGGCUACACAGGUAGCAGACUUUCUACAGAGAACCCUAGAUGAUCGUGAGGCACAACUUCAUAGUGAAGUUCAACAAAGUGACAUGAAUAAUCAGAUGAUAACUACACAAGAAGAUGAGUUAUCUAAACUGUAUGAUAUACUAGAAGCCCAGAAAGAGGAGUUAGAUAGACUGAAUGGAAUGCUGGAUCAGAUAUCUGGUCAUGGUGGCUCACUUGGUACAGCUGGAGCAGAUGAAGAGUUAUGGAAGUUGAGGCAGGAAGUGAACAACUUAAAGGAGACUCUCGCCAUGCAGUCAGCAUACGUUCAGACAAUGCCACCACCUCAAACAUCAGCCGGGGUCCAGGCUAGUACUGGUACAGGGACACAGUAUUAUCUUACAGACCAUGGUCAGGCAGCAGGACCCACCUACAGACCUAUACUAUCACAGUACAGGGAACAACAGAUGUCUAUGGUACCCCCUGUGCCUGGAAUGACUAGCAUGGUUAGUGGUUUGGUUCAAAAUAUAUUUAUUAUAAACCCUCCUUCCCCUUCUACACUUUGUCUUGAUCAGUUCCUUUUUAUACGCUCUUUUGAAAAAUGGGUCAUAUUAUAG